AUGCCAGCUAUUCCGAGCAACAGGAGAGGUCAGGCAGUGAUGCGCCCCGGUCAGUCUCUCCCAAAGGUCAACGGCAAGGAGCCAGUGACUGACCUUUCCGCAGAGCCCACUGUUCCUCCUACCGUCUCGAGGAUCCGUCGAGGCGGCAAAGCUGCGCAGGAGGCGUACAGCUGUCUCGACAUCCGUCAGAGCAUCUUUGCCUUCCUGGACCGUGCGACGCUCGCGGGAGCCCUCCGGCUCAGCCGGAAGUCCACCGCCAGUGUAGCGGAGAUACUCUACCAUAGAGUAGGGGUGUCGGUCAUGGCCAGUAUGGGUCGCGGGACGGAGAGGCGCAGGGUAUACUGCGACGCCGUGCGGAUCCUAGACCGAAACACUCCCCCUCCCUUCGAGCCGCUCCUCGCGGAGUAUGGCCCUCGGCACGCCGAGUUCCAAAGAGCUCCGGUCCGCUUUGACCUCAAAAGGCUCAGCUCCGACCUUGUCAUCUGGCUUCGGAAAUUCCCAAACCUCCGCACCAUCUAUGCGGAUCUCCCGGCCAACGCAGCGGAUGACGCGUACGUCGUAUACAUCAACGAGGUCCGAGGCGCCGAAGCGAACUCUGUAUUAUCUAUACGGGUCGAGCUGGAGUCCAAAGUCCAAGUUGAGAUGUACGACUAUCCUCUUCCUAUCCCCAACGCCUCCCUCCUCCCUCCUCUCCCAACCAGUGAUCUGAUGGCCAUCUCACAGACGAUCGCUAUACAACUCCUGGCCAACACCAAAAGGAUGUGCCCGAUACGGCUCGACCAGCUUCAAAUGUCGGCGCAUUUCUCGCGGUGGAAGACGUGGCUGUAUCUGGACCCCGCGCUCGAUGCGCGGGUGAGCAGUAUAGACCACUACGUCGUCGGCGAGGAGAUGCGCGUCUCGGUGGACGAUUCACUGUCGUUCCUGGCGGAAAGGAGACAGCGCGGGUGCGCUCCCAUCACCCGAUUCACCCUCUGCCACACACCGAACGCCUUCCUGGCCACGGACGGACCGCCAAUGACGGCCGAACGCCUGCGUGCCAUUGCCGCAGCGAUCGGACCUCAGCUCCAGGAGCUCCGCAUCAGCAUGUCGGCGGUCUGGAGCAGCCCAGCGAUGAAGGAUCUCCAGAUCCCAAUCGGUAUCUUCGACAACGCAUUCCCCUCCCUUCGCAAACUCUUCCUCGGUUUCGAGUACAACUCGACCUCUCUCAAACCUACCGCGUCGCUCCACGGGAUGCCUGCUCUGCAGGUGUUCCAUAUGGAGAACAAAUUCCGCUUCCCCGAGCCGGACAUCACCAGGAUGCCGGAAAUGGUGUAUGGUCUUGGCGCAGACGAGUGCACUUUUUAUUGCCAUGGAUUGAUUACGGUGCUGGAGAUGAAGGCUAUGAAUGAGAGUGUACAAACCCUCCGAAAGCAACGCCGCGAGCAAUCUCUUCCCAUAACCCGGGAUGAGCCUCAGGACCGCCGCGAGCCAUCCCUUCCAGUGUCCCGGAAUAUGCCUCAAGGCCGCCACGCUUCCUCACCAGGGACUGACCCGUCGGACUGGUUCGAGAUCACACAAGCCCCUCCGAAAACUCGCAAUGUGGCUCCAAACCGCCAGGCGUCCUCGUCUGCGGACGACAAGUCGGACUGGUUCGAGAUUAAGCAAUCCCCUCCCAAACCCCGAAAUGGGCCUCAGCGCCAAGUGUCCACUUCCGCCCGGAAGCAGUCGGACUGGUUCGAGAUUGUAUAG